AUGUACCACCGCGGGAGGAAGAAAAUGAGGCAAUUCAUCAUCAGCACUCUCCUCGUGCUGAGCUGUCCAGCAUUCUCCCACACAAAGUCCAUCGUCUCCACGCAGACACCCACCAAGUAUGGAGAGGACAACCUUGAUAACAGCAUCAUCGACUUCGAUGAAGAGUUCUCACUCAAGUACAAUAAGAAAUAUGGGAUGAUCCCUUGGAACUCCAAUGAAAACUUCAACAAAGAAUCACAUAGAUAUACAAUAGUUAAGGAUUUUGAUAAGAAAGUAGAUAAUAAUAGAAAUAGAACUGAAACCAAAUUAGACAUAACGUCUACCACAGAUUAUAGUGUCAUACCAUUAGAACUGUUAAGUACAACAGAGAAUGCUUUUGUAAGUAUAUUUGAGAGUACAAUCGAGCCAGAUUUAACGGUGAUACCGCUGUCUACCACGAGGAAGACACCCAAACUAAUCAUCGAACAAACGGUAACAUUACCGAGUUCGACGCCAGAGACGGAAACUUCAACUUAUUACAGUGACGAUGAAACAACCACAGUUACUGAUAGUCCCAUCACAGAGCGAUACACAAACAAACAAGCAGACUUUGAAACAACAACACCAACAUACGAUACUACUACUGACGUUACUGAAUUGAGCACUGUCAUACCUGCCACGAAUGUUACUGAAGCAAAUUUGGAAACUUCAACAGUAAUCGUGUCUAACACAACAGUACGAGUAAAUUUAAGCAGAGUGGACUUCGGUUCUGAUGAAGAAGAUUCAGACGUGCCAAUCUUUACAGAACUGGAUACAGAAGUGCAGGAAGAAGUACCAGAAGAUUAUUAUGAUGCUAAGGACGUUGUGCCAACGACGGUGCCGAAGACUGAUGCAUUGUCGGUAAUCUUUGGGCUUGCUGGUAGUGUGGUGGAGAGUGUAGUGGAGAGUGUGGCUGAGAGAGUGGUGCCCAAGGGUAUAGUGGACCUGUUCAAGAGGAUGCAGAGGCAGAGUGAAAUGUUAGAGGCAGAGAGGCUUAGGAGUCGAGAGGAAAAUGGUGGUAUUGGACAAUUUGGCCGUGGGAUUCUGAAGUCCAUCUCCUCCGGCAUCAGCAAGCCGCUUAGCCAACUGAUGGCAGGAGCUCGUGAUAUUGGUUCCCUGGACAACGACCGAGGGUUCGUCUCCAGCUUGGCCUCAGGGGUCACCAGCGUGGCUAACGUCGCCAACUCCUUGGUAGACUCCUUUAAAGAUCGGGUGCAGGCUAUUUACCCAGGAACGGUGUGGUGUGGAGAUGGUCGCUCAGCCACGGCUCGCUCCAGUGACCUGGGGCUGUUCUUCUUCACCGACACCUGCUGCCGCCAGCACGACGCCUGCAAGCUGUACAUCAAGGCUGGAGAGACCAAGUAUGGACUGACCAAUACUGGACUAUUUACCAGGUCUCACUGCAGCUGCGACGCAAAGUUCCGCGACUGUCUCCGGCGCACCAACUCCUUGGUAUCAGCACAGAUCGGAGUCACCUACUUCAACAUCCUCGGGCCGCAGUGCUUCAGGAAUGCACAUCCUAUUGUCAAGUGUGUGAGGAAGACUAGGAUAACAGGUCAGAGAUGUGAAGAGUACGAGCUGGACUACACGAAGCCAAGAAUGUGGCAGUGGUUCGACAACGAGACCUUCUGA